CUUGUGCAACAGUCACUUGGCGGUCAGUCAUUAGGAGCGCACUAGCACCGGGCUCCGGGGGCCUGGCGUGUCAGGUGGGCUCUCUCUCCAUCCUGCUCAGUGGAUUUACCUCAGUCUGACCAGACUUGGCCAUGUGCACGUGGUGGCCGGCCGUGCUAAUCGCAGCCACCAUAGGCUGCUUGGUCGAUGGGGAUCAGGAGGUCCGAGUCCCUCAGGGAGCAAACAUCACUCUGCUCUGCAGCUACAGCCCCCUGCAGCGGCAGCGUGUCAAAGGUUGGUACCGACAGAGUUCUGAUGGACUGGUGCCACUGGGCCGGACAAAUGGCUGGGUGGCCCUGAGCCACAGGGGCCGGCUGAAGGUGAGCGAUGUGCGGCAGAAUGGCAAGGUCCAGGUGAGCAUGGUGGAGGUGGGGGCCAUGGACACGGGGGAGUACUGCUGCGCAUCUACUAUGCUGUUUGCUGUGGACAUCAUCCAGCGGAUCACACUGCAUGUGUCUCAGGGUGAGAAGCUGGAUCAUAUGGGUGGACCGGGUGAAACACAAACACUAAACAGCCUGAUCCAGGUACUGGAGCACAGUCGGACUGGUCAGGAGGAUCCAGCAACUCUCUCUGGCAUGUGGAGCUGGGCAAGAUGGCUGCUCUUCUGGCUGAUGUCCUCAGGGGCUGUUCUGAGCUGCAUCAUGAUAUCAGUGAAGAAACGUGGGCUGUGCGAUUAUCGUCGGUCUGCAGCGGGACAGAGUGAUGCUGAAGAAUAGGCACUUUGAAAUGCUCUUCAACUGUGUGUGUGUGUGUGUGUGCGCGCGCGAGCGGGUGUACCUUACGUUAUGGGGACACAAUGUCCCCACAAUGUGAUGAAUACCCUUUUUUUUCCCUUAUGGGGACAAGUUUCCUGGUCCUCAUAAAAUAAAACACAAUUUAAUAAAAAUCUGUGACUGCAAUGAAAAAACUAAAAAUGCAAAAACUCUUUUUUGCUUGGUUAUGGUUAGGGCUGGGUGGGGGUUAAGGCUGUCAUAGCUAGCAUUAGCAUUUUUCCCAUAGAAAUGAAAGAGCGGUCCCCAUAAAGAUAUGUUUACCCAACAUAUGUGUGUGUGUGUGUACGCAUGCGUGCGCGUGUCCUGGAAAAGGGAACAAAAUGCACUGAUAGAGGCGUUAUUUCUGCAACGCUGCGGUUGAUGAAUCAAGAUCGCAUGACGUUUCUGCUGACACUGAAGAUGACCGGCAUAUUUUUCCAGUAAACCACCGUGAAAGAUGCCUGGUUUUACCUUAGGGUGUCCCUUGCAUUUUUACUGCGCACAUAGAUAAUCUACAAAAGUACUAGAGGGUUUCAUGUGUACCACUGUCAGGGUGUUACAGGCAUCUGAACAAAUCUAGGCCCGGAUUUUUGACCUGUU